AUGACAGGAAGUCCUUUACAGUCUAGUGCAAGUGAGUCUCACCAUUCAGGGCAAGCUGGAAUACCUUUGACCCAUUACAAUAGUUUACAAAGGAGAGGUCUAGAUGAUCGCACUACCAAGAAGACCGGAUCAGUACCAGUUAAGGCAAUAAUUCAACGCGUCAUACAACCCCUUAGAGUAAAACCAUCUAUCACACCUGCAGCUCGAAAAAGUCUUCACAUGAACAUCACAAAAGAUAGUAUCAGAUCUGUCGUAUUCCCUAAUGAACCAGAUCUUAGUCAGAAAAGUACAAGGAGAGGAAUACAAUCCUCCGUCCAAGCGGCGGCUCAGAAGGGAGUUUUGGUUCCUAUCAGCGAAGGCGCUACACCGGAAUCCUUAGCUCGUUGGAAUCACUUGCAGGCGAUAUUCUUCGCAUCAACUGUACUCACCACUAUUGGUUACGGUAACAUCGCGCCAGUGACGACAGCAGGUCGGGUGUUCUGCCUCCUGUUCGCUCUGAUCGGGAUACCCCUCUGCCUCACCGUCAUCGCCGACCUCGGUAUCCUGGUGGCAGGGUCGCUCCCCGACCUGGCGUCCAAGAUGGAGUCACUGUCUACAACCGUCAAGUCUCUUGUAUCUGCUUUCGUUGCGCUGUUCUUGCUCCUCGUCUUCCUUGCCAUAGGGGCUCUUCUCUUCAUGCACCUCGAGGACGACUGGAACUUCUUCGAUAGCUUUUAUUUCUGCUUCAUUACCAUGACGACCAUUGGGUUCGGCGAUCUCGUACCGCAGAAACCUCAAUACAUGCUCUUGUGCACAUUGUAUAUACUGGUCGGGCUCGGACUCACAUCCACCAUCAUCGAAAUCGUGAGGAUGGAAUAUGCCAAGUCGUGGAAGAGAUUGCAGGCGCUUGCGGAGGCGCUGAGAAGGCUGGGAGAGGGGGGGAGUGGACAGACGGCCGUGGACCUUAGCGCCUUCCAAGGAGAUCUGAGGAAAGUAUUUUUUAGCCUCUCCAAGAACAGCAAGGGCUCCGAGAACUGGGAGAAAACAGUCAACAGCAUUGUCAGCUCCUUCGGCAAGCCGAAGGCCAAGCCCAACAUCAUCCAGAUCAUCAUCUACGAGUCCUCCGUCUGAGGUUCUUGUCGCGGGUGAGCUCGUCUGCAGGUGGCAGGGAUUUGAGCCUGCUUCUCUUGCCCAGUCGGGGUAGAGCGAUCUACCUGGGGUCUCUUAGAACUAUUCUAGAGAAAUAGAUAUAUCACCGUGACAUAAUAAAAAUUAUACAUCCAUAUAGUAGUGUAUAUAUCCAUUGGGUUGUCCGGAAAAUUAUGCAGGAUUUCAUUUUUUCUGAUUAUUAACCUCUAUAUAACAAAACUUGCGUUUCAGGUCAUUCUUCUGUAUUUAUGUCAACAAUUAUUAAUUCUCUUUCAAAUGAAAAUGUUUAUUACUUUCUGUAUCAUUUCACUGGUUGAAAAUAAUUCAAUCUUUAGUAAAGUGUCAAAGAGUUAUUUUCCCGUAAUUUAGUUAAACGAGUUUAAACCCGGUCGGAAUGCAGCCUAUAAGGCCAGUAACAUUAAUGAAGUCUGGGGCAUUAAAGAUAAAGGGGGUCGUGGAAGGACUUCUCCCAUUGAUAAAGAUGUUCUGAGAACGUGGGUCGAAGAAAAUUCAACAACAGCUGUUCCGGAAUUUGCUGAGAAACUCUCAGUUAGCGAAUCGGCCUUCGUUGACCACCUCAUUGUAAAUGAAAAAGAUAAAAACGAUUAAUCGACUACCAGAAAAAUCUUCCUCAUUAACUUCACACAGCACUUCUUUGCCGAAGCAGCCUCAAACCUCACCCGCCAUACUUUCCAGAUCUCUCGCCUAACAAUUACAUGUUUUUAGGCAUCCGGACAACUUUUUAAACGAUAAAACUAUUAUUGAUCAAAAUUUGUUAGAAAAUGCAUUACCAAAAUUCAUUAACGGUUCAAUAUUCUAUUCCAAGGGAAUAGUAAAAGUAAACAAAAAGUUGGCAGAAAUUUAUCAUGAGUAAUGGAGCGUAUUUUAAUUAAUACAAAUAGUUUCGUAUCAUUUAUUUUAUUUUGUUUUCUUUUAAACCUAUAUUGAUUCCCGGACAAUCCAAUAUUUAAGGCUUUUAUAAACUAAUCUCAUAAAAUGCCUAAUGAAACACUUAUAAAAUCAUUAUCACCAUUUACCUUACACGAGAAAAAAUUAGUUAUUAAAAAUAUAGCUAUUAUUAGAUCUGUACUGUAAAAAUUGUAUUUACUUUAUCUUUAUACGUUUGGAAGUCCAAGUCAGAAGAAAAAACAUACUAUAUUUGACAAUUGCUCUAUACUUUUUUAUAUUUACAUUCCAUAAAGUGAUAGAUAUAUAUUUUUUCUUUUAGAUCGGUUAUUGAAAUCAAUAGAAUCAUAAACUUUAAAUAUAGUAAUAGUACAUUACAUGGCGUAGGAAAAAAUCAUAGAUAUAAUUUUGUAGAACCGUUCAAAGGUUUGAAAUAUUAGUUGUAAUAAUUAAUAUGUCACUUCAUUUCAUUGUGGA